ACGCACGUGCACACUCAGACCGUGAGUCAGGUUUCCCACUCACAAAGACUGUGAGCAGUCAAAUCCCUGAAGAUGAGCUCAUCUGAUCAGUGUUUUAGAUUUAAAAUGUGCAAUGCUUUGUUAGUACUCUGAGAGUCUGUUUGUUCACUGGAAAUGAGUCUCAUGUAAUGUUGGUAUUCUGCCACAUGGCUUCGACAUACAUACGACAUACUCACUCCUGCCAGAGAAAGGACCAUCUUGCAACCCUAACCCCCUCGCUGUGGCAGCACACAUUCAGAAAGCAGCAGCGUCGGGUGUCGCACAGACAGGAAGUUUAUGACUGACUUAUUGAACCAACAGGGAAAGGUGACUCCACUGUCAAUAGUCGGCCACAGUGAGAACAACAGAGACGGCGACGCAGCCUGAACAGUGCCACUCAUGUUACCCCCCCGAUCGUUACUUGAAAUGCAUGGGUUCAAUUCCAGGCUGGUCACAGCUGGUGUGGAUGGUUGCUCCACGCUGUUGAGUCAGUGGCGUCCUCAGCCCGUGUGUUUUGAUGUAGAAGUGGAGUGGUGCCAGUCAUGUUGCCACGCUGGAAACGCACAACUCAAACCAGCGCCUUGCAGGAAUGAUUCACCCUUCUUCACUCACAAACAGGCUGCUGUGGAAAUGCAUCUAAUGCUGCUGAUCAUUUCCUCCACCCAUGAUGUGCUUCCUCAGAUGAUUGUCUCUAACCAGUGGGAAGCCGUGUUUGAAAGAUCCUGGUCCAGAAAAGCUCCGUGUGCGGAGUGAGGGUUCUUUCAUCCCCCGGCACUAGUUUGCCUUUUGGAUUUCACUCUGGACCAGUGUGGACCAGGUGGAGGGACACACUGGAACAGUCCAUCUUGAUAUGAAAUGAUGGCGCUUCGUUCCCCGCUCGUGAUGGCGCUGCCUUCAUACACCUGAUGUCAUUGUUGCUCUCUGAACCAUCUUUCCUAAACUGAUGACCUUUCCUGCAAUAAUCCUAUCACAAUAAAUGCCAAGGAGAUUUGAGUGGAAACAAGCCAUAAAGUACUGGCAUUUGACUCUUUUCUCACUGUGAGGAUGUGAAACUCUGGUUGUUGAAGUUCCCCCUGGUGUGUGACGGUCCAUGUGGGCCAGAGUGGCUUUGCUCUGAGAGUGUUCUGAUGAGCCGCCUGUCACUCCACCCUCUGAUUGGUAUUGCUGACCUUGCAUAAGCAUCUAAUAUGACUCUUUUCAAGGUAGUUGGGCAAAAUAUUUUGAGCGCCAUCUGCAGGCAUGGUCAUUAGUCGGUCAGUUAGGGCAGGGUGUUUCCGUCCGAAGCCUCCAGUGGGCUUUAGCAUUCAGUUGAAGUGAUGCGUAACCCACAUACUCAUGCGCCUCCAGUCACCCCCCCCCCCCGGCACAUGUCCAUACCAUGUUCUAGAGGAGGCAGGCAAAGCCACGUAUGUACAUAGUGUACACACAGACGGACACGCCUCCCUGGCCCCAUUAUCUCAUGACCAACAGCUUAGGAGACUCGUAUGUACACAUUCUAUACUGCGCGCGCACACACACACACACACACACACACACACUCGGGGCCUCGCUGCAUGUGCUGAGGCGGUUAACCCUUGUUUGACCCACGUAUCGUCAAAGAGAUAAUCAGAGUUGCGGACCCACGUUGCUGUGUGUGCGCUACUUUACAUAUUGUGUCUGUCUGUGUCUGUUCCUGUGAAUCUUCAACUCUGCUUCUGUUGCUGUUGUAGUUCCAUUGCUGCAAUGUGUCUUUCAACACCAUCAACUCAGUGGCUUGUUCCGCUUAUUUCUCAGCCUUUUAAAUCCUAUUGUUAUUAUUAUUAUUGUUUUUGACUGGUUUGUUGCAGGAAUUUGUUGGUGUUGAUUCGUGCUUUUGUCCAGUUGAAACUGGUGGUUCGGGUUGGAAGCGCUCCCUCGUCAGAAAGCGAGUGAGGAUGAGAAGUUCCCGAACUCUUCCCACAGAAUCUGUGAACUGUAUUUGAGAUUCCGACAUCAGUGCAUGUUUAGAAACACCUUUUUCUAAAGCCUGCGCCCUCAGCAACUCAAAUGACUGAAUUCAUUGAAUGCAUUUCAGUGCAGUAGUGAAGGUGUCCUGCAGGCCGUGCAGCUUCUGUGCCUGGCUCACUGUGCUGGUGUGAGCGUGUGGUUUUGAAGGGACCGAUAUUCCCUGCUCCAUCAGAUCUGCACUCCAGGAAAACACAUGCUGUGCCACGCAGCGGCGCACACACACACACACACACACAGAGUUCAUGAAUGGCAUGACCCAUUUCUCACGAGCAGAUAACCUUUGGUGCCUGAUAUUUUCUGUUGGUUUCAGUGGACACAGGCUGAAUGAUUAUUUAUGCAAUAAUGUAUGGCACAACAGUGCUCCGAUGGAAGGUGUUGGGCUCUGCAUUGCUGUGUGCGUGCGUGCGUGCGUGCGUGCGUGCGCAGGGGAUGUGUUGCGGUGCAUCUCAGGUCCGUGCUCCUCCACAGACUCAAAGCAACAAGAGCGGAAUAACACACACCCAGUGGCUGCGCUCACAUUGAUCAGAAUGGGUGUGUGAGAGACACCCCACUGAUGCAGUGGGUGGAGUUUAGGGCUCAGUCUCUUUGUAGAUUGCUGUUUAAGCGGAGUUGCUGCGAUGUUGGUGAAACAUAAUCUGAUGACUCUCCAAAAGUGUGGUUCCUAUAUGUAUGUGUUCCUGUAUCAAAUUGUGCAGUGUUUAUCAGUGUGUUGGCUUUCAGUCCCGAUGCAGUUCAGUCAGCUAUAUGUUUCCACUCUGCACACACACACACACACGCACGUUUGUAUUGCUCCCCCUGUGGGGACAUUGUGAGGUUUCUCAUUGCCGUCACCCCUUCCCCAGCCUCUCACCCCAAACCUGACCCUCCACAACACAUGGCUCACCUGAACCUGAACUGAAACCUAUUUAAAUCACCCAGUUAUUUCAUCCUCAAAUUGAGGCUUGGAUCGGUGGGGGGCGGGCAAAAGGUCCCCACAAAGACAUAAGGUCCCUACAAGGGUAGUGUUUUGUCAAGAAUUGGUCCCCACAAGGCCCUAUGAACACACACACACACACACACACACACACACACACACACACGCGUCAUGACUUUCACGACCGAGUCUCACUUCCACUGGCUGCCAUUGCCGCGUGCUCCCAGCUCGCCUCACCGUCUCACAUCAUGAUGAAAGAGCUAACAGUUAGCAUGGCGGUUAACAUGGAAGCAGUAUCUUGUUCCUAAUAGAAAGACGGGAUUCAGUGUCAAUAUGAUUGGUUUAAACAUGCAUGGUGUCAGAGUACGACAGCGCUACACUCACUGGUGAGAUCAUUGAAGCAACUGUAAGUCAAACCCUUGUUCAGAAUAGCUGCUAACAGACGAUAGGUUCGUCUAAAGAGUCUUAGUCUUAGUGGAUUGGUCCAUAACGAAAACCCUCUGUGGUUGCAGCCCUGAAGUGCUGACGCUCUAUUUUCAUAUGAAUUGAUGGCAAAAUUCCGAUUCCUUUGCUCUUCAAUCACUUCAGAAUGAUUUGAACAAUAAUGUUCAUCAGUCUGUUUGUGAAUCACAUCCAGAGUGUGUGAGACUGUGUGAAACUGGACUCCAGCUGUUUUUGGCCAAAAGCAGUGGAGAGAAACCAGGUCAAGUGUUUCCUCCACAGAUGAGUGUGCACCGUUCAACCCAUCGCUCUGCUUCCUCAUGAAGGGAAAUCUUCACUCAGCCGUUCUGCCAUGACUUGGCUGAUCCUCACUCGGGUGGCAAGUCAUUCUAUAACUCGAUUGACAGUUGAUUCAUGACAAAGUGCCAAAGUGCAUGGAUUUAUGAAGAAAAUGCCCUUAUUCUUCUUCUCACCGCCCAAGGACAUGACGCCAUCACAAGUUUCCCUUCCACGGCCACCGGCCUUCCAUUCACCGUCUCAGCAGCCUCCAUUCUCGUCAGACUCCAGGGUGACGUGACCUUCCUCGACUCUGACUCCCUGAUGCUUCUGAAUCCAAAAUAUCCCCGGCUGACCACGGUCACUUCCUCACUUCUCACGACACUAAAGCUGUCCUGAAUUUAAGCUCCCAGUUUCCUGUCAUUUCUUUACAUAGUUUUCACUAAUCGACCAUAACAUUAUGACCACCUUCCCGGCUACUUCACUGUUGACUUCUGGACCAUCAUGCUGGUGAAUUGGGCUUCAUUGCUGUAACAGCUCAGAGUUAUUGUUUUGUUUAUCGGUGUGCGAUUUUACCUUUCACAAUUGAGUUGUAAGUACAUUACACUUCUUAACGUUUUAAGACGUGGAAAUGUUUAUGAACAAAAUAUUUCCGUGCCUCUGCCUUCCUUCUAAACUUUGUUGCUUUAAAGAUUUAUUUUUGUUUUGUCUUUAUAUUUGUUGGCAAACAAUCAUCAAAGGGCUGAUUGGCAUUUUGUGACCAACUGUCAGCACAGUGGAGAUGAAGCCAGAGUGAGGGUGAGGUAAACUUGCCUGGGAAUUCAGUGGCAGCUGCCAGAGACACGUUAAACCGGGCACAGAGGCUGCUCCCCACCUCUGUGCCUGGAUGCGCUGACCCUCGGUGGGACCCCCCACUGUGAAGAAAUCAAUGUAACCCUAUCUCUGGAAUAAAGCUCUGAUCAACAAAGCAAAAGGCCAGCGUGCCAGGGGUGGGGGCGGGGGGCUUCAGCCGUGCUUCGUCCUCUGGAUCAAUGAACUCCUUCGUUGCUGUGAUAACUGAAUGUGUGUCGGCUGGGAUUGGUCACCAUCACCAAGAGACGCUGGGGCUGGUCCAGGACACCUUUCAUGUGUUGCAGAUUCUACAACUCUAAAGCAACCUUUGAAUGUGUUGUGGUUCAUGCAGAUCCAUGUUUGUGUCUCCUGUGCACAUGGUGUUCAGUGUGUUUGUUUGCAUGCAUGUGUGUUCAGAAGUGUCGAGUCAUGUUUCUUGCUUGUUGGUCACCAGUGUCUGUGUAUCAGUCCCCCCGCUCCCCACCCCCCGAUCAUUCAAUCCUUUCCUCUGGGAUCUUACUCACCGCAGCAGUUGAGGCGUUCAAUAGAAGCUUUUAGUUUUCAGUCAGCAAUACACCAAGAUGACCUGACAUCACACACCCGUGUGCGUAUGCCUUCCUACUGCUCAGCUUACUGUUAACCAGAGACGGUUGGCUGUGGUUUGCACUUCCUGUCCCAAGCCUUCACGCAGAGUCUGAGUCAGGAAUAAUGCAGCGUCGAUUCAUUUUGUGACGGGUUUGCUGCCAAAUCAUGACAUGGUCUGUGCAUGGAGCUGGUGUUGGUGUGUUCAGUGUGAUGAGCCUGAGCACAGGGACAGAAGCAAUUGGGAAACCCAGUGUGGAUGCAUUUUGCUGGAUAUGGGAAAAACUCUGUCCACUUCUUGUGGGUAGCAGAGGGUCGAUGGAAAAGGGCAAGCCAGUAGUGGCGAACCAAGAAAUGGCAGCUGGAGGAGGAUGCUUAAAUGAAGGAGAGAAAGGGAGCGUUUGAAACCUCUUAAAAUGCUGAGUGAUGAACGCAAGAAUAGCCAAUAUCUGAUGCUGCUGAUGUGAGUGCAAGUCCUCCGCUUCGUCUGUGUUGGAUGAUUUGGGGGCUUUUUCCUUGGCUGGUUCUUCUGUUCUGGCGUCCAGAAGGAAGUGAGCGGCGCCGUAUUUUGGCUAUGUUUCUGUAGCACACUGGAGAUUUAGCAAGGUUGAAAUGAGAACACUGUGUUCCAGAGACGAGUAGUGUCCUGUCUGGUGUGUUGGUUUCUCUGGUAUCACACACGUGUCCUCUGGGUGUCAGUGUUUGUAAGCAGGAGAUUUAUAAGAAAGCUGAACCCUGUGUGUGCGUGCGUGCGUGCGGUCAGUGUAAGCCCAUCUGAGCUGUGUGAUGUGAAACUUCAGUCUAUGUAUUGACCGGCUCCGCUCUGUGUCAGGGUCAUUGUGAUGUCAGCACUUGUAUUAUUAUUGCCUUUAUUGUCUGGUCCUCUGAAUUCAACACAACAGAGUGACAUCAAAACCCAUCGAUCGGGUGAGAAGAUCUGAUGACACUCAACAAAUGCACCAAUCCAACAUCGAGUGAAAAGCACAUUUUGGUCCUCAGUAAGAUUGGAAUGAAAUCAAUUUUCACUGUUAAUGAUUUGGAUUCAGCUGAGCAGGACGGAGGCGGUGGCGAGGGUUGGUGACGGAAUUCAGAAAUGGCGGCUCCUGCAUCUUUGCUGGACACGCAGUCAGGAGGAUAUUUUUCAUGUCUGUCUGAUAAACAUGAAACUUUAAUGAGGUGGAUGUCACAUGAUGCCGAGGAGACGUGUUGUCCAGCUGGGUGAUUCAUCAACGAUCCCGUGUCCAGCUCUGAUAUUGAUGUUUUUGUCCAUGAGGGUUUAGGUUCACCGGAGUUAAACAGGUCAUGAGAAACUGCAGGUGCUUGUAAGGUUCCUCAAGCCUGGUCCUCCUGUCUCUCUGUCAGUCGCUAUGAUUUGUUUGUCUUCCAAGGCAGUGGCUUAUCGGUAGAUGAUAUUUCACUGUCCAAGUCAUAAUAGGCUUCACUUGGGUGAACGUCUGUCAUCACUGCCGUGCAGUCGCCUACUGAUGUUAUUUUGUCAGUCAGGGGUCAAUAAUAAUGUUGCCACUCUCUGUACACAUCAUGGAUAAGUGAUGUCUGAUGCUUUUUUUUUAUGAGAUUCAGGUCACUGCCUGUGGAAGCCACGGGGAGCUGCUGGCACCUGCCCCCCAAUUCUGUGGAGACCAUCGUUCUAGUAACCAAGGGCUACCUGUAAAGACUUCCAUGAACUAAGAGGCUGCCAGAGUGUUUGGGAGGAGCGUCAGCAUCAUUGGAAGAACAGAAGAAAAGCUGUGCAGCAAGAGCCACGGUUUGACCAACCAACUCAAAGAAACCGUAGAUGAAUGAAGUGGCUUUGUCAUGAAAACAACAUAACAAGCCUUGACUGCGUACACGUACCUCACCAUAUUUGACCUCUUCAGUUUGAUCACGUGCCUCAUCAGCUCGUGGGUGACGAUGAAGAAAGCCAGUCAGCUUUACUCCUUUGGGUUUGAGCGGCUGGAGGUUUUGGCAGUUUUUGCAUCUACUGUGCUCGUCCAACUGGGGGCGCUGUUCAUUCUGAAGGAGAGUGUGGAGCGUUUCAUGGAACAGCCGGAGGUCCAUACCGGCCGCCUCCUGGUCGGGACGUUCGUUGCCCUGUUCUUCAACCUGCUAACUCUGCUGUCUGUCAAGAACAAGCCCUUCGCCUACGUGUCGGAAGCGGCCAGCAGCAGUUGGCUUCAGGAACAUGUGGCGGACCUGAGCAGAAGUUUGUGCGGCAUCGUUCCGGGCCUCAGCAGCCUCUUACUUCCUCGCAUGAACCCGUUCGUCCUGAUCAACAUGGCCGGAGCCUUUUCCCUGUGCAUCACCUACCUGCUCAUCGAGAUCAACAACUACAACGCCGUGGACACGGCGUCCGCCAUGGCCAUCGCCCUCAUGACCUUCGGCACCAUGUACCCCAUGAGCGUGUACAGCGGCAAAGUCCUGCUGCAGACCACGCCUGCCCACGUGAUCGGUCAGCUGGACAAGCUUCUGAGGGAGGUGUCCACUCUGGAUGGAGUUCUGGAGGUCCGGAACGAGCAUUUCUGGACCGUGGGCUUCGGCUCGCUGGCGGGAUCCGCUCACGUCAGAAUCCGCCGUGACGCCAACGAGCAGCUGGUUCUGGCCCACGUGACCAACCGACUGCUGCCGCUGGUGUCCGUGCUGACCGUGCAGAUCUUCAAGGACGACUGGACUCGGCCCCUGCUGACUGGGACCUCGUCCCCCUCGCUGCCUCCGCUGGGUCACGGCGGCCCGUCGCCUGGCCUGCCAUCGCUGCCGCCGCUCGCCGACCCGCUGACCUCCACCCCGGCCAAGCCCAGCAGCCCCCCGCCCGAGUUCUCCUUCGACACGCCGGGUCGGAACCUGCAGAGGGUGGUCCUGCCUGCGUCGGGUCCCUACGCCGGGCCCGGCCUCACCUACGGCGCGUCGCCCUACACCAAGAUGCUGGGACCCGGAUAUGGACUGGGUUUGGCCUCCGCCGGAUCUUCUUCCCAGAACUACAGGACUGCCUUUGGCUCCUCAACGGUACCACUCCAGUUUGGAGCCAGCAACCCUCUGAGCUCACAACACAGACAGAACCGGCCCUGACGGACCAUGUGAGGCAGGUUGGACCUGCUGACUUGCACCUGACGAAUAAAACUCCCCUUGCACUGCUGCCGUA